UUUUAGGAGAUAUAGUUCAGCAAAUGUUGAUCCAAUCAAUUAAAGUGAUUAUGAUUGUAUUUUUACGUUGAUUGCACUGAAUAUUAUACAUUUUCAUUGUUUCCUAAAAUCUAAGGGACCGCCAGUGAUGCCGUUCCCAGGAGAAAAACCACCGACAUCCUUCGGCCUUCCUCCAGGUGCACCCUCUGCUCCGAAUGCCCCGCCUUACCGCCAGGGUGGUAACGUAGGCUUCUCACAACUACACACAUCCUUCGGAAUGCCUCAACCUCAUGCCCCUUGUCCAUCAUCUAAUCCCUACCCUUCUGCUGUCUCCUAUCCUUCAUCAAAUCCUUACCCUACACAAAAUAAUUCUUGCCAAGGUCAAGGACCAACUCCAUCCUCUAUGCCUUAUCCACAACAGCCUCAUUCAUCUCCUUAUGAUCAACAAUCACAUCAACCAUCUGCUUACUCUCAACAACCACCUCAACCAUUUCCUUACCUGGAACAACCAUCUCAAUCAACUCCUUACCCUCGACAGCCACCUCAACCAUCUCCUUAUCCACAACAAGGAAUGCACUUGCCUUCAGGAAUGCCUCAUCCUCAGCAUCAGAGUAUGCCUCAGCAUCGUAGUAUGCCUCAAGGAAUGCCUCAUCCUCAAAACAUGCCUUCAAGUAUGCCCCAACAUCUUGGUAUGCCUCAAGGAAUGCCGCAUCCUCAGAACAUGCCAUCAAGUGUACCCCAACCAGCUAUGGGUCAACAGUCAUACAAUUCAUAUUCGCAACUUCAAGGAUCAGGAGUUUAUCCAACUCUACAAAGUGCAUCCAGUCCUUCAUACUGUUCCAAUUCUUCAUCUACUCUUAGUUAUCAAUCAAAUAUUUCGACUCCCUAUAGAGGCGAGAGCUGUUACGGGGGACAGGGGACUGGGGAUAAAUUUCCUUCAAACGCUGCUCUAAAGCCUUUCUCAACUAAUUGUGCUGCCCCAGCCCCCCGGAUAUCCAACGGCAAGCCCAAGGUUUCACCUACUGUUGUUCCGCAGGAGGACUUUGAUCCUCGAGCAGAUGCAGAAACUCUACGAAAGGCUAUGAAAGGAUUUGGAACGGAUGAAAAAGCAAUUAUAAAUGUUCUUGCUAAUCGCAGUAACAUGCAACGCCAGCAGAUUGAACUGCAAUUCAAAACUCUUUAUGGAAAGAAUCUUAUCAAGGACUUGAAGUCUGAGCUCUCCGGGAAUUUCGAGGACCUCGUUCUUGCUAUGAUGACCCCCUUGCCUCAAUAUUACGCAAAAGAACUGCACGACGCCAUGUCAGGCAUAGGCACUGACGAAAAUGUACUCAUUGAAGUUCUUUGUACCCUCUCAAAUCACGAGAUUCGUGUAAUUAAACAAGCUUACCAAUCCAUGUACGGAAAGCCACUGGAAGAUGAUAUAAUAGACGAUACUUCAGGAAGUUUCAAGCGUUUAAUGUAUUCUUUGUGCUCUGCCAAUCGAGACGAAUCCUUUUUUGUGAAUUCUGAAGCCGCUCGAGAAGAUGCCAGACAACUUCUUCAAGCAGGUGAACUGCGGUUCGGAACGGACGAGUCUACGUUCAAUGCCAUUCUCGUGCAAAGAAAUAUUGCCCAACUGAAUGAGAUUUUCCAAGAAUACGCAAACAUAACAGGACACGGAAUUGAUGAAGCCAUUGAGAAUGAAUUCUCGGGAGAUAUAAAGAAGGGUCUCCUUUCCAUUGUUAAGGUUGUAAAGGAUAGAGCUGGCUUCUUUGCUGAACAACUUUACAAAAGUAUGAAAGGUUUGGGAACGGAUGAUCGUCGUUUGAUUCGCCUGAUCGUUACUCGCUCUGAAAUAGACCUGGGAGAAAUAAAACAUGCAUUUAUGGAAAAAUAUGGAAAGUCUUUAGAAGACAUGAUAUCAGGAGACUGUUCAGGACACUACAAGAAAUGUUUACUGGCACUCGUUUCGUAAAAUACGAUCGGAUUGACUGAUUAAUCAUCUUCAUUCUAUCAGUAAAAUCGGUUAUCUUGCAUUUACAAGUUUCAAUGUAUAGAUCUAAGUAGAAGAAUUCCAUGAAGAAUUUUAGUGACAGAUGAAGUAAGUAAAUAAAGACGACGACAAGGAAAGUAAGUACAGUGCCUAAUCAUGGAAACCCUAUAAAAACCAAUUAAAAAUUAAAAAGGAGCAAUACGUUGAAAAUGUUAAGAAUAACUUAGUAGAACUCUUUUUCAGUCUUUUUUAUUGUACGAUAUUGCCUCGUACAAUUGUGUUACAUAUAAAUCCUAUUAUGUGCAAUUAUACAUCAUAAAAACUGGUAUGGUAUCCCAAAAAAGCUAAGAAACAUUAAGAUCGUAUUUGCUACUUCUCUAUUGUCUCGAUCUAAAAUUAUCAUGUUAUGGAAAUUCUUACAGCAGUGCCAAUGACGCUUCCAUAUUUCCUAUUUUUAAAUUUAUAUAUCUAUUUAUAACAUAUUUUUAAAUAUUUAUACUACCCAGGAAAAAGAAUACAAAAAAUAUUAAAUUUUACAAAAAAACAUUUCAAUCGAAGAAUUUAAGAAUGACGAUGCACGCGAAUUGUGUUCUACCGGUUUGUGAAAUUUUUGAUAGGUCUGCAAAAUGAAUCGUUUUAAUCGAUAAUUGUAUAGCCACAGCUGAUUUAUUCAAAUUCCGUUGAAUUAUUUUUUUACCGGACCCAUCGAUAAAAUAACUCAAAAAAGAUUCCCGUGAAGUGGCAUUCUUCAGUUUUCCGAUUCAAAUAAUUUCCAUUCAAUCGAUUCUUGUUUCUUGGGUAUAUACCGUAUUGUAAACAGAGUCCAUGUCUUCGAAUAAAAUAAGUAUUAUUUUUUAUGUUGGCGAAUGUUUAAAAAAUGUUAUGGAACUACUUUACGUUUUCUGACUGCACUUGUUAGUGUUAUAAAAUUUUAAUAUGUAUUUUGAAUAAAUUAUUUUCAAAGUCAAUGCCA